AUGUCGGUCGCCAUACCCCCUCGUCCACCAAUCAAAAGCACUGAGGUCUUCAAGAAAGAUAUUUUCGAGGGGAAAGUUUUGUUUUGCACUGGAGGUCCUUCUGGGAUAUGCAAGGCCAUGACUAAGUCUAUUAUGUCGCAUGGCGCCGACGCCAUUAUCAUCGGCCGAAAGGUCGAUAAGGGCGAAGCUGCUGCCAAGGAACUUAAUGUUCGUGAGCCUGAACAGCUGAAGGCAGCUGCCAAAAAGUGUAUCGACACCUUUGGGAAAAUCGACUUUGUGAUAUGUGGUACGCUUCUGGCCGCCGGGAACUUUCUGGCGCCGAUCUCUGGUCUUUCCGAGAAUGCAUUCGCUACUGUCGUUAGGAUUGACACGCUAGGGACGUUUAAUACGAUCAAAGCCACCCUUCCCCAUGUCCGAAGAACCCGUGGUUCGUAUAUUCAUGUUAGCGCUACUCUUCAUUACUAUGCCCACGUUUCAGCGGCGAAGGCUGAGGAGGGUCCUCGUGGCGUCCGGUCAAAUGUAAUUGCUCCGGGCCCAAUUCUGGGAACAGAGGGAAUGGACCGUCUCACACCAGUGGGCAAGAAGGAUGCUAUCACUCGCUCUGUACCGCUUCAGCGCCAGGGUGGCUUAGAUGAUGUCCCGAAUACAGCAGUGUUCUUAUUCUCGGAAGCUGCCAAUUGGGUGACUGGACAAAUCAUCGCCGUGGAUGGAGGUGCAAUGCACACCAAUAAGGGAUCCCUUCCUUAUCCAGACAGCGUUCUUGACCCCGAAGGGGCUACUAAAUCUAUUCGAGCGAAGAUGUAA